UCCAUGUGACCAGAGGAGUUUGUGUGGCUAAAGAGGCAGAGGGGACAGUGUGUUCACAGCACGGGACCAUGCCAGGCACAAAACGGUUUCAACACGUGAUUGAGACUCCCGAGCCUGGCGAGUGGGAGUUGUCUGGGUAUGAGGCAGCUGUACCAAUCACAGAAAAGUCAAAUCCCCUGACUCGGGACUUGGACAAAGCAGAUGCUAAGAAAAUUGUUCAGUUGUUGGGGCAGUGUGAUGCUGAGAUCUUCCAGGAGGAAGGGCAAGCCCUACCUGCAUACCAGCGACUGUACAGCGAAUCAGUUCUGAACACCAUGGUGCAAGUGGCUGGGAAAGUUCAGGAAGUGCUGAAGGAGCCAGAUGGGGGGCUGGUGGUGCUGAGUGGAGGGGGCACCUCCGGACGGAUGGCAUUCCUCAUGUCAGUCUCCUUUAACCAGCUAAUGAAAGGUCUAGGACAAAAACCUCUUUACACCUACCUCAUUUCAGGAGGUGACCGGUCUGUAGUGGCUUCUAGGGAGAGGACUGAAGACAGUGCCCUCCAUGGGAUUGAGGAAUUGAAGAAGGUGGCAGCUGGGAAGAAGAGGGUGAUUGUCAUCGGCAUUUCCGUGGGACUCUCUGCUCCCUUUGUAGCAGGCCAGAUGGACUACUGCAUGGACAACACAGCUGUCUUCUUGCCAGUCCUGGUUGGUUUCAAUCCAGUGAGCAUGGCCAGAAAUGACCCUAUUGAAGACUGGAAUUCAACAUUUCGGCAAGUCGCAGAGCGCAUGCAGAAAAUGCAAGAGAAACAGGAAGCAUUUGUGCUCAAUCCUGCAGUUGGGCCUGAGGGUCUGAGUGGCAGUUCCCGGAUGAAAGGUGGAAGUGCCACGAAGAUUCUGCUGGAAACCCUGCUAUUGGCAGCCCAUAAGACUGUGGACCAGGGCAUUACAACCUCUCAGAGAUACCUCCUGGAAAUCCUUCGGACAUUUGAGCGUGCUCAUCAGGUGACCUAUAGUCAAAGUUCCAAGAUUGCCAUGCUGAUGAAGCAAGUCACCACCAGCCUAGAGAAGAAAGGCCACGUGCAUUUGGUUGGCUGGCAGACCCUUGGCAUCAUUGCCAUCAUGGAUGGAGUAGAGUGUAUCCACACGUUUGGCGCUGAUUUCCGAGACAUCCGCGGCUUUCUCAUUGGUGACCACAGUGACAUGUUUAACAAGAAGGCUGAGCUCAUAAAUCAGGGUCCCCAGUUUUCCUUCUCACAGGAGGAUUUCCUGACAUCCAUCCUACCCUCCCUCAAGGACAUUGAUGCUGUGAUCUUCAUUUUUACCCUGGAUGGUAAGAGGAAUGACAACCUCCCAGAGGUGCAGGCAUUGGUGGAGCAGGUGAAAGAGAAGACUGCCAACAUCCAGGCCCUGGUGCACAGCACUGUGGGACAGUCCUUCCCGCCCCCUCUGAAGAAGCUCUUUCCUUCCAUCAUCCACAUCACAUGGCCACUGCUUUUCUUCGAAUAUGAAGGGACCUUCGUUCAGAAGUUCCAGCGGGAGCUAAGCACGAAGUGGAUACUGAAUACAGUGAGCACUGGGGCGCACGUGCUCCUGGGGAAGAUCCUACAGAACUACAUGCUAGACCUUCGCAUUGGCAACUCCAAGCUCUUCUGGCGGGCACUGGCCAUGUUGCAGCGCUUCUCUGGACAGUCCAAGGCUCGAUGCUUUGAAAGCCUUCUCCAAGCCAUCCAUUUUCCGCAGCUGCUGUCCGAUGAAAUUCGAGCUGCUCCCAUCUCACGCCAUGUGCACAUUGCACAUGAGAAGGAAAAGGUGCUCCCUCUGGCCUUGCUGAGCCUCCUGCUCCGAUGCUCCAUCCAGGAGGCCCUGUCACACCUGGCUGCAGCUCCUUCAGUGUGUGAGGUGAUCCGGAGUGCCCUGGCUGGGCCAGGGCAGAAGCGCAGUGCAGACGCUCUGGAGACCUUCCAGCCUGCCGGGCAGUGAACUGGCCUUGAUGAGAAUGUCUAACCCAGCCCAAGACUUGGGCUGGCAGCCCAGGUGGUGGGAGGAAGAAGCCCCAUUUCCAGGGGCUCCAACAUCCCAGGGCGCUGAGAAACUUUCUCCACCAUAGGGAGAGUUUUUGCACUUGACUUCGUGGGUUGUAUUUUGUUUUGUCUUUCAAUUUCACUGGCUUAUCUUGAUCUCAGAAAUAAAAUGAAAUGACUUGGAUUGGAAACAAUUAACUUUCCGAAGUCUGUAAAUCAUUGUAGAUGAGAGAUGGUCCCAGCAGCAGACAUUUUUUUCCUCUCUGUCUCCUCAACCCUAUUCCAUCGCCCUCUGUCCAAACCUUAUUCUGGCAUCUCUGUAGUUCCCAGGUACAAUAGGUAUGUGCAUAGACACUUCCACAGAUAGCCCACACGAGGCACGAAGAGGAAACAAGCUUUGUAUCUAACAUAGGGCACUAGAGGAAGGUGAUUCUGAUUAGACACGAUAUUCAUUCUGGCUGCCAGAAUGAAUGCCACAGCUACACCUGAGAUCAGAGGCCUUUGCAACCUCCUGGCUUCGUGUUUAUAAGAAGGAACACAAGGAACAUUGGGAGUGCAGAACACCUUAGGUGCUGAGAUCCAAAAACACUAGAAACUUCAGUUACACUGUGUGUGUGUGCGCAUG